AUGGCGCCCUAUUCCUCCCCCAAACACCGCUCCUCCCCCGGCGGCCCGCUGAAAAACGGUUCCAAAACCCCUCUCCAGGACUCUGGGAAUUCAGAUGCUCCUGCUGUUGAAGGUCCCCCCAUCAAGAAGCGGAAAUAUGUUCCCGGUGGUCCAGGUGGUGGAGGGAGGUACAUUGAGGUUGAGGUUAGGGAAACGCCGCCAAAGCCGAAGCCAAAGCCAAAGCCAAAACAACCCAAGUUGAGUCCCAUGAAGAGGAGAGCGUCCUCUAUUUCUCGAACUCGUCAACAAACACAUGGGACAGAAUCACCUGUGCAACCCGUUCAGUUACCUCCGCCACCACCCCCAAUCCACGCCCCUACCACGCCCCCGUCUACACGUCUAAGGAGGGAGAAGAGCCAGAACCGCGGACGCUUUGGGUCGUCGACAGCCGCUGCGCUUGCUUUACAACAGGGUGAUGGAUAUAAACCUCGAGAGGAGCGGGGAUGGGAGGAGUUUCACCCUGAUUUAGAUAUCGACGCUCCCUUUGCCGUGUUUCCGGCAGCAGAGGUGGAUCGCCCGCCACCAUCUGCGCAUCUCACAAAUAUCCUAUCUCCGAACGGUCUCGAGACGAAUACCGAGAACAACCCUGUUGCCGAGCUGAUUCGCGCCCAUACAAAUGGUACCGCCCAAACGCCUGUUAAACGAAGACCGGGGCGACCCCCGCGACGUCCAGAAGCUAUCCUGCAAUCCCUUGGCGUUUUCACUCCCCAACCCAAAGUUGUUCCACCACCUGGUCCGAAUCCGCGCGAAAAGUUGACCCUUCCUAAACCUUCCUUCCGACUAAAAGACCCUUUCACUUUCUACGAUCAGCCCGGUGUUGGUCAGCAAAAUUACGUGGACCGGACAAUGGCCAGUGUCGGAUACCAGGAAAGUGACCUGUUUCUACGUCACGACCGCCGCCUGAUCCGAAUGCCAGAGGGUGCGCAGGAGGAUGAUCUUGAUAUCGGUAAUCCACUUCUGGGCGAAGGAGAGAUCAACGCCUCCGUUGGUAGGGUCGAAUACGAUAUGGAUGAGCAGGACGAGAAGUGGCUGGAGGAUUACAAUUCGAAGCGGCGAGAGGAUCAGUUUGAGCCCAUCAAACCGGCUGUCUUUGAAAUCACCAUGACGAAGAUUGAGAAAGAAUGGCACAGCCUCGAGAAACGCAUCCCGAAACCAAAUCCAAAACCACCACAGACACACCGGCCGCGAUCUAGCUCGGCUGCUGCGGUUAACGGUGAAACAACGGGGCCUGGCGAGGACCAAGACACGAAGUGCGCUAUUUGCGACGAUGGCGAUUGUGAGAAUGCAAAUGCGAUUGUGUUCUGCGAUGGCUGUGAUCUCGCAGUGCACCAAGAGUGUUACGGCGUCCCAUUUAUCCCGGAGGGUCAGUGGUUGUGCCGCAAAUGUCAGCUUGUAGGGAGAGGAUCCCCAAACUGCAUCUUUUGUCCAAAUACCGAGGGCGCUUUCAAACAAACGACUACUUCAAAAUGGUCACAUCUUCUCUGCGCGAUCUGGAUUCCCGAAGUUUCCAUUGGCAACCCUUCUCUGAUGGAGCCCAUUACCGACAUUGAAAAGGUACCGAAAAGCCGUUGGAAGCUAAAUUGCUAUAUAUGCCGCCAAAAAAUGGGAGCCUCGAUCCAAUGCAGUAAUAAAAAUUGUUUCGUGGCCUUUCAUGUUACCUGUGCGCGGAGGGCUCAGCUCUAUCUCAAAAUGAAGUCCGGUCACGGAAAUUUAGCCGUCACGGAUUCACACCUGCUGAAAGCUUUUUGUGACAAGCACGUGCCACCCGAAUGGGCCCGUGAGCAUGGCACAGCAGAUGCUACAGCUGAAGCGAUCGAAUAUUACCGUGAUACAAUGCAAGGUCGACGAUGGGGAGACAGCCAAGCCGCGGCUCUUGCGCUAGAACCCGCACACGCUCUUGGCGGUGCUCUAGAAGACGAAGAUGGACAACGGACUCAUACGCCGCGAAUAACUCUUACCGUCGGAGGCAAUAAACGAAAGCGCCCUACUGCGCCUCGGACGAUCUGGAAACUACCGUCGGGUGCUCCUGUCAUUCCCCAAGUCCUCUUGAACUCCGUUGUGGCUUCGCUUCAACGCUUUGGUGUUCGACAAAGAAAGCAAUAUGCUGAAGAUGCCUGCAAAUACUGGACUCUCAAGCGAGAGGCGAGACGAGGCGCUGCUCUUCUCAAGCGCCUACAGUUGCAGUUGGAGACUUUCUCUUCUAUGGAAAUGACACGGAGAGAUUACACUGCUAUGGGAGCCACAGGCUACAAGAGACUCCAGCGACGUAUCGAAUUUGGAGACCGAUUAUAUCACGAUCUGGAUCGACUAAGGAUGCUGUGUGAUGAGGUGAAGAAACGCGAAAAGGAGAAGCUGAAAGACGCCGAGAUGCUUCGAAGCAUCGUCGAUAACGUUUACUUCCCGAUAUUCCCUCUACUGUGGCCAAUCUUCGAAAAGGCCCAAGUACUGGACAGCAAGGGAAUUUUCAGACAAGGCCUCUUCGCAAUACGCACGAAGCUAGAACAGCGUUAUUACACAUCCGUUUCGUCUUUCUCAGCUCACCUAGCCAGCGUUUUUACAUCGGAGAUAGGAGUCCAGCCAGCUGGUGAUACCGCUGAACUUCAGAUGCAAAUCAGUGGGCGUGCACCCGAACUCAGUCUGGAGCAGCGGGAAAAGAGAAAGAUGGCAAAACGAAUCAUUAAGGCUAUUCAACCGGCCCUGGAAGAUGCAAUUCGUAAAGAAAGCGAAUUGAAUCGUCAGCCUUUCGAGCAGGAACUCAAAGACUUGGACGUCAUGCUUGGGGACAGCGUUUUGUCCGGAAGAGGCUCGGAAAUCGAUUCUGCGGAGCGCACUGGGGACGAGACUUUUGAGAAGCCGGAACCCGAGAAAUCCGAGCCCGGUGAAAAUCCAGAUAAAAUGGAUCUGGAGCCUGAUUUCACUGCCAAAUCGGAAUCUCUGGAGAAACCUCCAGAGAGCACCGCAGACUCGACCGCUCCCGAAGAUAAUUUGCAAUCUCAACUGUCUGAAUCGCAGCACGCGGAGGCAGUUGUCACUGAUGAGAACGCAUCUACUGAGCCCACGGCUACGAAUGAUGCUGCCGCUAUUCUUGUCCAGCCUCAGAGCGAAACUCAGCUGGAAGCUGCCCCCGAAUCGACAGGUUAUGCUGAAGAGAGGAACCAGCCAGCCCCAGAACAGGCCAACGAAGCUCCGCAGGUGCCACUGUCACCUCCACCGCUUCAAGGUGAUCAACAUCACUUUCUGGCGCAAGGAGGCAUCCAAUGGUAUAUGCAGCCGUUCGACCCUGUGGGAACCACAAUUCAUGAAGAACGAUGGACUGGCCGCGAGGUAAUGCGCGGCCUAAGCGAGGAACUCAGCGAAUUGGAUGAGGAGGAAUUAAACGACCUUGUUGACGAUGAUGAGCUCGGAGCUGGUGCUGGUGGCACUGGUGGCUCCACCAACGGUGUUGCAGACAGUUCAGCUGGCGAGCAAGGGACGAAAGUUCGUCGGACUCGGCGGCAAUGGCGUGGUUUCAAGUAA